AUGCCAACGACUGACUCAAGAACAGACGCUACCUCAGCUGGCAUUGAAUCAUCCUCAUCAUCGACGACAACAAAAGAUGAGACUUCGUCAACUGCAAUAACAACUGCAAUGACUUUACCAACGAUGGCAGCCACAUCCGCUACAACAGAAUCAUUAAUAUCGUUGACGACAAAAAUAACACAGACCACUGCAGUUCGAAACCCGAUCGACACGACAAUAGCAACAGAAGAACCGACAGCUAAGAUCACGACAUACCCGCCAACAACAGAAGAGAUGACAACAAUUUCAGAAGAUUUCACUACUGAGUCGCCUUUUCCGAAAGAGAUAUCUGGAACAGUCUGCGGAAGGAGAGAUUCUGAACAUAGAUGCGACAGUGCGUACUGGGUGCUCGAAAAUGAUCAUACUGGAAGAAGCUUCCUACGACUUAAUUCUUUUCAAGAGGGUGCUUCUGUUAUUAGAAUCAUCGAGAUCAAGAAAGAUGUUUACCGAAUUGCAAUUAAUGACUCCGGAAUCUUAAAAUUUGCAAACCCUUUUCGAUCGGUGGAACAUCCUGAAUCUCCCCAAAAAAUUGCGAUGAGCGAAUUGCCAGACAAACCAGACGAUAAUUUUGAAUGGAAAAUAGAAAAAGAUGAAAUCAACGGAAAUCAAUUUUUCAAAAUUUCUGAUCUGCAAUCAUUCAGCUAUUUCAAGCGAGAUUUUUGGGAUAUAAUUCUGAGCUACAUCGGGAGAAGUGCUUCAGAACAACCCGGCCCUUUUUUAAUUAGUUUUCUUAUAUUUUUAAACCUCGUUGUCGGACGUUCUAAGCUGGUAACAACAGCGUUUACUAGAACGGCGGCUCAGGUUUCCGAGCUCACCUUUGGAAUGGUUAGAAAAUGUGCUGCAAAGCUGCUUUUGCUCUCGCUAGUUGGACAUGUCGCUGCUGGAGCUCUGGACAUUGAACAGAUCCAGAACCAGAAUGAUGAUGAACCCAAAUUCGUGGAGGUCACGAUUCGGGAACUUGAAGAAACCGAGUUCGUCGGUAAGAUGGAUGCAAGUGUGAUCCUCUUUCCCGAACCGAUGAUGAGUAACGAGCGAGUUCGUCGCUCCGGAAACGGACAGGUAAGAACUAACUCCGACGCUAGUAUUAACACAGACAGACAGCUGAGUCUCUCAUACCCUGGUCGACCUAAUUCUAACCAUGAGAGACGACGCUUGACUGCCAAGCAAAGGCGUAAAUUACAACAACAAAAGAAAAAUAAAAAUCAAUACUCUUCUUAUGCCCAGAUUACUUCCUCUAAGGCACCGAAGAAGGGACUGACUCAGCCGGGAUGGUCAAUGUGGGCCGCGUGGGGCAAGUGCAGCGUAACCUGCGGUGAAGGAUUCAGGCUCAGGCGACGAUUCUGCAAGAAUUCUAGUGUUGGAAGCAGAGACUGCCCUGGUAGUGCUGUUGAACGACAACGAUGCAAUCCGGCGAAUUGCGGAGGCUAUGAAUGGGGUCUUUUCGAGUACACUUCUUGCUCAAAAGAAUGCGGCGGUGGUACCACAAUCGCCAAGCGUCAAUGUUUCAAGCAAGGAACUCGCUACGUCGUCGACGAGAGUAAUUGCGGCUCCGGCCCAACAACUGCCAGAGUCAAGUGCAAUACUCACCCCUGUUCUUCUCCAGAAGCAUAUGCCUGGACUUCGUUCGAGUUCAACGAAUGCGAUAAAGAUUGCGGAGGAGGAAUCUCCUACGGCUUCAGAAGCUGCAUCAACAAAGUGAACGGCAAUUACGUCGACGAUUCAAAGUGCAAGGGAGAUGCGUAUACUCAGAAACCGUGCAAUACUCACCCAUGUUUCACCGCUCGACCUAAAAGCACGAAAUCACCCGCAACGAAUGAAUGGCAGUGUGGAACUCAGCCAAGCCAAUUUCCUGAUCGACCGAAAGUGAACCUUCGAAUCCACGGAGGCGCAAUUUCGAACGAUGGUGAAUGGCCUUGGCAAGUGUCUCUUCAGCAUCGAAACUGCAAUCAUCGAAACAACUGCGAAUGGAAGCAUCUCUGUGGUGGAUCGAUUGUCGAUAACAAGUGGAUCGUUACUGCGGCGCAUUGCAUCGAAGAAUCCGGCUAUUUCACUGACAACAACAACCCCGGUGACGAUUGGGCGAUCGUUGUUGGCAUGGACAAGCUCAACUACAAGCACGACGAUGUGGCGAAUAAGAACAGCGACGGUACUCGAUUCUUGCUCGAAAAGAUAAUUCCCUACAGUGAAUACCGCUUCCAAUACAUCACUCAUCACGAUAUCGCGCUCCUGAAGCUCCGAACUGAAAUCACCUAUGGUUUCGAUCGACUUCCAAUCUGUCUUGGUGGCGGAAGAAAACCAAAACACGGUGAUAAAUGUUCCAUCUCCGGCUGGGGCUACACCACUGGCAAUCCAAAGGACACCAAGCUAUCGUAUCACUUGAAGGAUGCUGAAAUUCCAGUCGUCAGCUUCAACCAAUGUAGAAAAACUGGCAUCUGGUACAAGCUCCUUCAGGAAGACUCCCACAUGUGCGCUGGAGACUCCUCCAAAGUCGGUCUUGACAGCUGCGGCGGAGAUUCUGGUGGACCCUUGUCAUGCCUUGAUCAAAAUUCAGGCCAGUACUAUCUCGCUGGAGUCACUUCUUUCGGAUUCUCUGACUGCGGAAAAGUUGGUCAUCUCGGCAUUUAUGCGAACAUGGCCAAUUACGAAGGAUGGGUAAAGAAUACCAUCGCAGCGGAUAAAAUGACCUACGGAGCUUCUACAACUGUGGAGCCCUACAAUACCGCGGCAUACAGCUACUAUUACGGCGAUUACGAUUACAAAUCCGGCUUGCCCGGGUCUGCGAUCAAUUUGGAUCCAGGCCCUGAUCAUUUCUUCAAUCUUUCUUACCAAGGAGCCACGUUACCUUCAGCAUGCGAUCCUUCAAGCAACUUGCCGAGUCACCUGACCUCAUCAGUCGCUCCCCACAGAGAGACUGAACCCGACCGAAGUCGGCAAAGCCACAACACGCCAACAAAGUUCAACACCAAUUCAAAAAAGCGAAACCAUCCAACAAGCAAUUUGCAAACAACUUUACCAUUGCUCUAA